CAUUUUUCACAUCAAAAUCUCCUCUUUUACAUAUUUCUUCAUCUUUUUGCUUCAAUCAUGGUCGGAGGAAAGAAGACAAAAGUUUCCAAGAAGAAGAGCAACGCCGAAGCUACGACCUCAGCGCCCCCGCCGUUCCCCUACAUGGACGGCUCGUUUCUUGAGUUCGGGUCAGAGGAGGAACUCAACCGGUCCCUCACGCACUUUGCCAAGCGUCCCAUUUCUCCGCCUAGGGUGCUGCCCGAGUUGUACCCUCAACAAAAGGGGUACCACGACCUCGACAAUCAGCUUCAAGCAUCGGGUCUGUGGUCGUUCGUCUCCAGGAGCCGCUCGAGCUUCAAUCCCGCCUUCGUCCGGGCCUUCUACUCCAAUCUCUGCCGUGACGGGGACACCAUUCGCAGCAGCAUCAAUCUCUACGACAUAGAGAUUGAUUUGCCUACCUUUGCUCGGGUCGUAGGGCUGCCCAUCCGCGGUGACGACAUCGCGACUUAUGGUGGCGACGAUUGGAUCCUCAACAACGAGGUAGUUGUCAUUCGUGAACUUGGGAUCACCAACUUGAUCUGCCACAGCGGCGCGGCGACGAUCCACUCGGCCCCACCGGACAAGCGCCUCCAUCAAUUGGGCGAAAUUCGUGAUGAUCCACAUGGCGGAUUGCGCCUCCAUCGCCACGGAGCGGAGCUUGCCAUAUGCCUUCCUCGUCAUGGACCUCAUCAUCUCCGCCGACAUCUCCAUCGCCGGCCCGGAUACAAAGAUGACGAAGAUUUGGAUCAUUCAAGACAGCACCUUCCAGAAGAAUCAAUUAAGCGGAUGGACUGGACGUUGCAACGCCAACACCACAACAUGACGGCGUACUUCCGCGGCAUCAACUACGUCCCGCCGCCCUUUGACACCACCUUCCUUGGCCAAAACUAUGAAGGCGAGGACGAGGAGGAUAACUCCUAUGAUCCGUCCUCCUCCCCCGACGAAGCCGACUUUGAAGAUGCGGUCGACGGCGAUCCCAUGGAUGUCGAGGACGACGAGGAUGACGACGAGGACGCCGAUGCUUAGACUAUUCUCUUCUCUCCUUACUAUGAUUGCCGUGGUUAAGGCAAAAACCAUAGGUUUUUGGCUAACCGCCCACCCAGCGAUGGGAAGAACAUCCCAUCGAUGGGUAAGCGGCCCCUUAGCCAAACCAACUUCCAGAACCAUGCCAAACAGCGAUGGGAGGUUCUACCCAUCGCUGUUAAAGCCUUGGUCCAACAUUAUCACAAGGCAGAAUGCCCUUACCCAGCGAUGGGAAGCUUUACCCAUC